AUGUCAGAAAAUUUCCAAAAUGCAUCUGCAUUGGGAACUGGAAAUUCUUGGCAGGUUUGUCUUCCUGUAGUAAGCAAUGCAGCUUCCCUGGCAGGAAGUGCCUGCAACUUCUCCACAAACUCUGCUCCAGCUGUGAGCUCUGCGUGGCUCCUACCACCAGCCUCUGACACCCCUUAUCAACCACUUAUGGGUAGUGCCUACCCUUCCCAACAAAGCAACCCAGGAAUGCUGUCUGGGGUGUCUGGCCAGAACCAGACAUUCAAUUCAGCCUCUUCCUACCCCACUAUUAUUCAGUGGGAUAUUACUGAAAGUGCUCGAAAGAAGUCCUCUACCCCUGGAGGCUUCACUAUGACUACCAUUGACCAAGAAGACACAGCUGUCUCUUCCAUGUCAGUAGCAGCUCAGUACCCUAGUACCCCACAUACCACCAGCACAGUGCCUCUGUACACAUACCCAUCCCUUUCAGGCAAACUUGUCAAGAGGACACCACCUCAGAGUCCACAUCUCAGUCAGAGCCUGUUGCUUCCCUACCAGGAAGGGAACCAGGUGCAUUAUUUUAGUCAGGGCACCCUGAGGUCUCUACAGUCUGAAGAACUUGAUCCCUAUGUGCAGUCAUAUGACUCCAUGUCAUAUACAGGAGGUAGGGUCUCUGCCCUUCAAAAUUACAACUCAUCCCCUGAAAUGGCCAUGGUACUAAAGAAGGUCCAGCCCACAAAUACCUUACCACUGGCCUCAAUCUCUGGAUCCUACAACUCUGCAUCUGCUCAGUUCAUCACAGAAUCAAGAUUUCAAGUGAUGGAUUCCCUGAGAACUGAGCCAUCCCUAGGAUUUCAACCUGCAGAUCAGACACGUUGUCAGACACAGAAUCCAGAAUUCCCCAAGUCGAUUAGAAAUGAGCUAGAAGGAUAUGAGAGCAACCCACCACCUGAGCUUGAGGUUACUUCUAUGAUAGCUCCAGUGCAAAGUAACCUGGCACUGUCUCUUGCUCCAAAUCAAGAACCACCAGAGAACCACAAUUUUGAUGAAAUCAAUAUUGAAGAGUCAGAAUCUCUAGAGUCAUGCCCACACCCAAUAGUAAACAAAGAUCCUUUGCUUUGCCCUGUUGAAAGCCCUGAUCUAGACCAAUUCCUUUCCUGCUUUGAUCCACUGGACCAAGAAAAGCAGGCUGCUUCUGAAAACAAGGGCGUCACAAAGAAAAUAAUGUGCUAUGAGAAUGAUGUAGCACUGGAAAUUUAUUCAGACUUUAGUAGCAGUCUGGCAGAUAUCACCACCUUGGAAGAUAUAAAUUAUCCCUCCCUCUUUCAGUCCUUGCAAGACCUGGACCAAAACAAUACUCUUGAGGGAACUGACACCCAAGAAAAUAUCACAAAUGAGAUACACCAAAAUUCAAGUACCAAUAAAGACCCCUGUGCCCUACACAGGAAAAACAAAAAUAAGGUUUCCAAUCCUAUAGAGGGUGAGCCCCAGAAUAAAAUUCAAAGAAAGAAUGUAGAUGACCUACUGGGGGGAGAAAUGAGAGUUUCCAAUUCCAUGGCUGUUGCCAGUGAGAGUUCUCCUGCUAAGUCCAAACCUAAUAGUCAACAACAGAAAGUUAAACCCAACAGCAGAAAGGGAAAGAGCCAGGGGCAGCCAAAGACAAAAAGGGCAAGAGAGAAGAAGACUAAGAAAGUCAAUGAAACUAGGCUGACAGGCACCAAAGGAGAGGCAGAAGGGAAGACAGCCAUUGCCCAGACAAAGCGUAAAAGGAAUCCAACUGAGGUUAGGCAAGAGCUUUUGAAAAAGCCUAGAAGCUCCCUAGGCGUCCACAUGCUGGAGUCUGUUCAGAUUUUUCAAGCCUCAGAGAAAAUUAGGGAUCCAACACCUGGACAGUCUUCCUCUAGGUUCUUUGGAAAUUCCAAUAAGCCAAAAGUUUUCCAACCAUCUUCUAUCCAUAAAGCAAGACCAUGUUCUACACAGGAGAAAAACAGUGUUAAGAAACUUCAAAUCCAAUCUAAAAAUACUAGCAGCCAUGAUGGAGAAAACAGUGCAUCAUCUUCUGUUUAUGAGUUGCCACCUCCUGGCAAGGUGAAAUUAAUCCCUUUGCCAUUUCUACUCCUGGAGAAGCCUCAACCUGUUCCUCGAAGACGAAGGCCACAACAUCUGGCUGUUAGUGUUCCUGCUGCAUCUCAGCCUGCUAGGCGGCCUGGUUCUUCCAGUGCAACUCCACCAACUGCUGGCAAGUCAUCGCAGCCAAUUCCUUCCUCUUUGGCAGAUUCUGAAAGACCAGCUCAGUCCUUUUCAGAGAAAUCACCUCAAGCAUCACUGAAGAAACCACCUAUCAUGCCAAUCGCUCAACUUGAAACAUCUAGACCUACUCAAGUUCAAGCAACAUUCUCUUCUCGCCAGAGGGACCCUCGCAUUAAACCUGUGAGCAAGGGCCAGUCUCCAUCAAAGAUUCAAAGUCAGUUUUUACUGAAAGACUUUAGUGCCCAACAAAUUCCCUGGAGAGAGCCGAAUGUACCAGAACCAGUGAUAUCAACACCUAUCACUGAGGAGCAGAGGCCUGAGCAUGAGGCCCUCAAACGGAAGGCUCAGCGGGAGAGGUAG